AUGUGUGACCAGCAGCAGAUUCAGUAUUGCCUGCCGCUCCCGCAGUGCUGUGUCAAGGGUUCCUCCUUCUUCCCCUCUCAGUCCCCUUAUGCCAAUAGCCAGCUGGUGGCCCAAGCCCCUUGUGAUAUGCAAAUUGUGGAGUGCCCUGCACCAUGCCCAGUUCAAGACACACAGGUGAAGUGUCAGGCUCCAAGCCAGUCUAAGACCACCAAGGUGAAAUGCCAGGCUAAGACCACCGAGGUGAAGAGCCAGGCUCCAAGCCAGUCUAAGACCACUGAGGUGAAGUGCCAGGCUCCUUGCGAGGCACAAAUUUCCUGUGUUCAGUGCCAGGCUCCAUACCAGUCUGAGGUUUCCUAUGUGCAGUGUGAAGUCCCAAACCCUGUUCAGACUUGCUAUGUAGAAUGUGCUCCAUUUUAUUAUACAGAAACUUGUUAUGUAGAACGCCCAGUGCAAACCUAUGUCCCCUGCCCAGCUCCUCAGCCUGUCCCAACUUAUGUAGAAUGUCCCCCCGUGGGCCAAACUCAGGGAAGAUUCUCCACCCAGGGCCAGUAUCAGGGCUCCUACAGCAGCUGCGCCCCCCAGUUCCAGUCGCGGGGUUCCUACAGCAGCUGCGCCCCCCAGUUCCAGUCGCGGGGUUCCUACAGCAGCUGCGCCCCCCAGCGGCAGUCCCGGGAUUCUUUUCGCACAUGUGCGCCCCAAUACCAGACCCAGGGCUCCUAUGGGAGCUUCACUGAGCAGCGUAGGUCUCAGAGCGCCAGCAGAUGCCUCCCUCCGAGUAGGCUGCAGCCUUCUUACCGCAGCUGUUCUCCGCCGAGGCGUUCUGAGCCCUGCUACAGCAGCUGCCUGCCAUCGAGAUCCUCUCCAGAUUCCUGUAACUACUGCACCCCUCCCCGCCGCUCUGAACCCAUCUAUGGCAGUCACUGUUCUCGAGGUCCCACUUCAGGCAGCUCCCAGAGAUGUGGUCCCAAGUGCCGAAUAGAGAUUUCCUCCCCCAGCUGCCCCAGGCAGGUUCCUCCACAGAGGUGUCCCGUUCAGAUUCCUCCCAUCAGACGCCGCUCCCAGAGCUGUGCCCCACAACCCUCUUGGGGUGCCUCCUGUCCGGAGCUGAGGCCGCGUGUAGAGCCACGUCCACUCCCAAGCUUCUGUCCAUCACAGCGUCUUGACCAGUGUCCAGAGCCGUCACUGCAGCGAUGUCCACUGCCUGCUCCACGUUCCUCAUGUUCACGCCCACAACGACGCUCAAGUCCAGAACCCCGCCCGUGUCCUCCACCACGGCGACUUUCGGAACCUUGCUUGUAUCCGGAACCGUGUCCAGAACCACGUCCAGCACCACGUCCUCGCCGAGUGCAGUGUGAAAUUCCAGAGCCAUGUGCAUGCCCGCAGCCUUAUGAGCGCCCACAACCUCUUCUACUCCCAGAGCCAAUUCCCCUUCCAGCUCCUUGCCCAAGCCCAGAGCCAUGUGGGGAGCCUCAGCGCUGUCCCAGCCCACCCUCGGGCCCACAUCCGAUUCCAUACCCUCAAGACCUAGGCUGUCAUGAGUCCAGUCCACACCGCCUAGACACCGAGGCUCCCGGCUGUGGCCCAUCAAGUUAUAACCACGGGCAAGAGAGUGCUGCUGGCUGUGGACCUGGUGGUGUGUCUCCAGAGCCACGGGAUCUGGGUGGUUGUGGAGACCAAAGAAAUGCCUCUGCUGGAGUGAAAGGUGGGGCUUGUUAUGCUGGAGCAAAGGGUGCAUAUUUUUAA